AUGUCCCAACAUUCGAAUUACAUUGAUAGCGCGGACUUUCAAAUUGUAUGGCGUAAUGCCAUUAGACAAGAAAUAAAAAGGAUUAAACGUAAAUACGGGGUACUCCUAACAGCGUUACCGCUUGAAGAUCUAUUGGCUGGUUCUAAAAAAACGCGUGGGGACAAAGGAAUUGGGAGAGAGCAGAACGCGUUUAUUCUUUAUAGGAAGGACUUACAAGCUAAACUGAAGAAUGAAGGUCAAAAACUAACUAAUGCAGAGAUAUCACGUAUAGCCAGUGCUGAAUGGAGUAAGGAGAGCAAUACGGUGAAGAACUUUUUUACUGUUCUCGCCCAAUCGGCCACCAGAAUUCACAGAAAGUUAUUUCCCGGCUACCGAUAUCAUCCUAAUGUUAAUAGAAAAACGAAUACAAAGGCAGAAGUAGAAAGUUACGAGCUUUCGCCAACAUUCAAUGAAAAAGUCUUGAACACAGAUACCGAUGCGGACGACGUUACAUCAGACAACGAAUUUUCCGAACCCAUAGUCGUUGCAGACGUACCAGGAGAUUCCUUGUAA